UUUCUGGCAACCUGCUUCCGCCGUAAAGCGCCGUGGGCGACCCCGCUUGUGGGAGCUGACGAGACAGCUGUUUGGUGGGAAACGCGUCUCUUGAAGGUGGGCGACUUUGACGUUUUUGCUAUGGGCAAACGCAGGAGCCGCAGCCAGAGCCAGCUGCUCACCACCCUGACUAAGAAGCAGAAGAAGCAUCUUCGGGAUUUCGGCGAGGAGCAUCCCUUCUAUGACAAGGUUUCUGGAAAGGAGGCAAAACCACAGAUUUAUCAACUGUCAGAGAGUUCAGAUACUUCAGGUUCUGAAAGUGAAGCAGAGAGUGAACCAGAACAAGUUUCUGGGUACCACAAACUACUUGCCACAUUAAGGAAUGCUCCAGAAGAAGAUGAGGAGGAGGAAGAUGAAGAAGAGGAAGAAGACAGUGCCGUAGAUGAGGCGGAAAUAAACAGUGAAGAUGGUGAUAGUGACGUCAGUGUGGAGAAAGAGACAACAGGAGAGUUUACCAAAGUGCAGGAGAGUACGGUUUUACCAGCUGACCCUGAAGGAAAAGGUGGGGAUGGGCUGCUUGGCACAUCACAAGAAUCCCUUGAGGAGUUUACAGAUGCAAAACACGAGUCACUCUUCAGCCUGGAAACCAAUUUUCUUGAAGAGGAAAGUGGAAGCACAUGUUCUCUGAAAGUAUCACAAGAUCCAUUUCUACAACAUGUGAACAAAGAACUGAAGGAAAAAGAAAUUCAGGCUAUUGCCACAAGUCUCAAAACUACUCAUCAGCUAAAAUGGCCCAUAUUGGGCCAACUUGUCUUUUCAUCCAAGUUUCAGAAGUUGGAGACAUUUAAACCCUCAAAGGACAUUGAUUUAAAGUCGCUUCAUCUCCAGAAGCCUCUGGAAUCCACCUGGACCAAGACCAACAGCCAGUUCCUUUCUGGUCUCCCAAAAUCAAGUGGCCCCUUCACAUCCCUCCAGAAAGAGCUCUUCUUAAUUAUGAAUUCUUACCGGGACCUCUUCUACCCAGAAAGGACUGCCCUGAAGAAUGGGGAGGAGAUCCGCCAUGUGUACUGCCUACAUGUAAUAAAUCAUGUCCUCAAAGCCAAUGCCCAGGUGCUUGGUAACAAUAGCAGAUGCCGCAGCCAGAAACUUGGGGUGGGUGACGAUGAUGACUUCAGAGACCAAGGGCUAACAAGGCCCAAGGUGCUGAUAGUGGUGCCCUUCCGGGAAGCUGCUCUGCGAGUGGUACAGCUCUUCAUCAGCCUCCUUGAGGGUGACAGUAAGAAGAAAAUAAUUGUGAGCAACAAAAAGAGGUUUAAGGGAGAGUAUGGCUCAGAUCCUGAGGAAAGACCACCCAACCUGAAGAGGCCUGAGGAUUACGAAGCUGUGUUUGUCGGUAACAUCGAUGACCACUUUCGGAUCGGAGUGGCAAUACUUCAGAGAAGCAUCCGACUCUAUGCCCCCUUUUACUCCUCCGACAUCCUCAUUGCCUCCCCAUUGGGCUUGAGGACCAUCAUUGGUGCAGAAGGAGAGAAGAAGAGAGAUUUUGACUUUUUGUCUUCCAUUGAGCUUCUCAUCAUUGAUCAAGCUGACAUCUACCUGAUGCAGAACUGGGAGCAUGUCCUGCAUUUGAUGAACCAUAUGAACCUACUGCCUUUGGAUUCUCAUGGGGUGGACUUCUCUCGAGUAAGGAUGUGGAACCUCAAUAAUUGGUCCAAGUACUAUCGCCAGACCCUGCUUUUUGGGGCCCUACAGGAUGCCCAGAUCAACUCCGUGUUCAACAAGUACUGCGUCAAUCUGCAAGGCCAGGUGGCUGUGAGGAACGUCCCAAUGACAGGCUCCAUCAGCCAUGUCCUGGUGCAGCUUCCACAUGUCUUCCAGAGGAUGGAAGCUGAAAACCUAGCUUCGGUGAUUGAUGCCAGGUUUAACUUUUUUGUGAACAAGAUUUUGCCUCAGUAUCGUGAUGCCGUCAUGUCUCACACGCUCAUCUAUGUCCCCUCCUACUUUGACUUUGUGCGCCUCCGGAAUUACUUCAAGAAGGAAGAACUGAAUUUCACCCACAUCUGCGAGUACACCCAGAAGUCUGGUAUCUCCAGGGCCAGACAUUUCUUCCUUCAAGGAGAGAAACAGUUCUUGCUCCUCACAGAGCGCUUCCAUUUCUACAAAAGGUAUACCAUUAAAGGGAUCAGGAACCUGAUUUUCUAUGAACUGCCAACGUACCCACACUUCUACAGUGAAGUCUGUAACAUGCUGAGCGCCACCAGCAGAGGAGAGGAAGCCACCUGGACUUGCACUGUCCUCUACUCUAAGUAUGAUGCCCAGAGGCUGGCUGCUGUGGUUGGUGUGGAGUGUGCUGCACAGAUGCUACAGUCCAAGAAGAAUGUCCACCUCUUCAUCACUGGAGAGAGAUGAGAAUUUGUUGGGCAGGGAAUGGUGUUGGCGGGAUGCAUAAUGCUUGCUUCUGUGCCCUUGGACCCAGGUCUGAUCACUUAUAUGAGAGAAGGACUGCUACAAGGAAGGAGCACCAGGCAGCAUCAUACUGGAUAAUUCUUUUCAGGUCAUGUGUCCCUGAAAAGUUAAAUGUAAACCAGAUUUGGUCACGUCUUUCAGAGGUUAGGAGGGAGCUGAUAGAAUUCCGAGAGGUUAACGUGUCUACAGAGGGAAAAACUUCUACUUGAAACUCUUUGUAAGCCAUAAAUUCUUUUAUUGUUAUUUUAUUCUCUAAUUUAUUACACUUGGUAAAUUCUUUCAGAUUUGCCUAUUUCUGUUUGAUGCUUUCUUAAAGUAAGGCAUAUGUGUCAUUGCUUGAGAACUGGUUAUGAGAAAUUGGAAUACUUCUUGCUACUGAAUAUCAUAAUUUUGGAUCACAGGUUUUGCAAAAACUAUUACUUUUCUUCAGCCAAACUUUUUUUAAACCUUAAACAUUCUAUUUUUAUUCAACCUAGAAGAGUACAUUCACUGAUCUUUCUUUAAUUCAUAAUAGUAAAUGUUUUAUUUAAAAUUUACACUUAAAAUCACAUUAUUUAAAAUAAUUUCUACUCUGUUUCAAGAAUUUUGUGAAACUCUUGGUGUUGAAAUAGCCAUCUUUAAUAUCACUGUCUUCAUUAUUACUGUAGUCAUUUUGUAAGUCGUAUAACAGCUAAAAUGACAGGAAAGUUGCACUUUUAAAAACAUUUUUAUCUUAAAAUAUUCCCAUAAAAAUUACAAGUACCGAACCUAAACCAUUUGAGAAUAAGUUGCUAACGUGAUGGGCCUUAUCACUCAUAGAAGUUACCCCUGAAUUUAGUGUGUAUUGCCUAUAAACAAGGACCUGUUUCUGUGUAACCAAAAAAACAAAUAUCAAAUCUAGACAUUGCCAUUCAUACCUAUUGCCAUCUAAUCCUCGUACCCUGUUUGCCAGAUGUCCCGGUAAUGUCCCCUAUAGCAAAAGGAUACAGUUUAGAAUUACAUACUGCCUUUAAUUGUCACAUCUCUGUAGUGUCCUUUAUUCUGGAAGAGUACCCCAGCUUUUCACUGGCCUUCUUGACUUUGACACUUUUGCAGAUAUCAGGUUGUUUAUUUUUGGAUAAUGUUUCCCUUUGAUAGGUUUAGUUUAUGCAUCGUUGGCGGGAACACUGAUGUACUGCUGUGUCCUCCUCACUGCAUCUCCUCAGGUGGCACAUACUCUCCCCUGCCCCAACACUGAUGAUGCUAACUGACCACUGGUUUUUCUUUUGUUUUUGCUUAAUUUUUUUUUUUUUAAGGUUUUAUUUUUAAGUAAU